UAGAACUUAUAUUUUGUAAUUAAAAGAAAAUGUGUUUUGUGGUGGACGCUUGUAAAUAUUAUGCGGGACGUUCUCCCAGAAAGUUCGUGGCCAUAGCCCAUCCGUUUGCCAUCGCGAUAGUUAUAGUCUGCACCGUCUUUUUGGUUUUGACGGAAACGCUCUAUGUAGUGCCCACCAUGUUCGGGUCAGAGAGCCUGGCUUGCAAGAUAUACUGGAUGAUAGCCGUCUUCAUAAGUUACAAUAUCUUUGCCAACCUAUUUGCAGUCUAUUGCACAGAUUCUUCAGUGGAUGGUCUAACGCAGGAGCAGAGAUCUCCGAAGCCAGAAGAGGCGAGCUUAUGGCAUUACUGUGACUUAUGCCAGAUGCUGGUGCCGCCUAGAUCCUGGCACUGCAAAUUGUGCCGAUGCUGCAUUCUUCGGAGAGACCACCACUGCAUUUUCACCGCCACCUGCGUCGGACUAAAGAACCAAAGGUACUUCUUCUGGUACACCUUCUACAUGACGUUGGGCACUGCCAUCGCAUUGGGAACCAAUUAUGUAUUUGUUUUCAUGGCAAACAACUCUCUAGUCUUUAUCCAACUUAGGUUUAUUUUGGAAUUAUUUAUGGAAAUUGAUAAGCGACUAGAUUGGGAUGGUUGGAAUAUCUGGAUGGACUUAGUAGUCCUUAUUAAUGUGUUCGCUUUUGUGGCACCAGUUAUUAUGUUCGGCUACCAAGUCCUGUUGAUUGCCGCCAAUUCUACAUAUCACAAAAGUUGCGAUUCCACUUACAAUCUGGGACUUUUAGAAAACUUUAGGAUUACAUUGGGAAAACGAUGGUACUGGACUUUUUUGUCUCCCAUGAUCGAAAGUCCUUUGCCGUUGGAUGGAACCCAUUGGAAUUCAAAGAUCUUAGCUACCAAACUGUUAUAAAAUAAAUUCUGCAUUUUCUAAUAUUAGUUCUAGUUCAAAAUUAAUUGCUAUUUUUUAAAACAAGAAUAUUUGAAAGUGCUUUUACACAAACAGUGCUGCCUAUCAAGUCGUCUCACAACUACAUGCAGUAUUUUCUUGAAGCAUCGCUCUGGUCACACUGCAAAAUGCGAAAAUAAAUAUCCAAAAUAAACGAACCAACAAAAUAAUCCAACCAUGGACGAAGUGGACAAGAUAAUUAUGCACCAGCUCAACCAGGUGGACCCUGGCAUCGAUCCCACGGAGGAGUUAUCGGAGUUUACCCCGGAACAGGUGGUUCGUGCAGUUUCCGGCUGCCUGUCCGAGAUUCGUCCAGAACUGGAGCUGCCCCGUUCCUUGCCCGGAGGAGCCAUGGCCCAGCGGUUUGGAGUAGCCACCUCCCUGGCGGAGAGUUGCAAGGAGUGUGGCUACCGAGGCGACAUUGGCUAUCAGACAUUCCUUUAUCCCAAUGCCGUAGAACUGCGACGGCUGCUGAUGUAUCUGAUCGAGCAACUGCCUCGCGAGCGACUGGAGAAAGAGGAGAGCUCCGGGAAGCUGCAAUCGCUUAGCCACCGAGAGCUGCUGCAGCGUCGCAUCCGCAAGGAGCUGACCACCCAGUUAAAGACGCCCUGGGUGCCACAAUUUGCCAGGUCCGUGGGCAACAGAAAGUCCAUGGGUUGCAGCAGCCUGUGUAUUGACUUCCGACCGCACGUUAAUCUCAGUGUUCCGUCCGCCAAUCCCGAGACGCGGACCAAGGAGGAGCAGCAAUACUUUGACCAGCUGGCACCGAAUCUCUUCCAACAAACUGCCUCAAGUUCGGUGGACCUCAUCGCCUCGGUGCUGCACAAAAACGAAAUGGAUCGGUGGGGUUAUGGGUUGCCGGACUCGGAUCUUUUUUUUGUCGAAAGUGAAGAGCCCACACCUGUAUUCAAUCCCAGUAAAAGCCAACCAGAGAAACCGUCUAGUGAUGUUGAUCCUACCCAGGAACUGAGCAAGCAAGUCCAAGAGCUUCAAUUACAGUGCGAAACCCUAUUGGCGGAGCGUAAGGCUCAUUCAGCUGCCUUGAGUGCCCUAAAGCUUCGGGAAACUGAAGCCUCUGAGGAAAUAAGCCGCAUCCAACCUCUUCUAAAAGCCCACGAGCGGGCCUCUUUGGUUUUGGCAGAUCCCGAGGAGAACAUAACCAAACUGGAGGCCCUACUCAAGUCCACUCAGGCAAAACGACAGACUCUCACCCAGCAGUGGCAGGAGUACAGGAAGCCGCUUCUGGAAAACCUCGAGACCCUGAAGUCCGCCACGGAAGCCCAGCAUGUCCAGGGCAUUCGCAGCAAUAUAGAACAGUUGGAAAAGGAGCUCCAGGAAAAAACUGUGCAGCACAACGAACUCAACGCCGCCCUCAGGAACUCCAGCCAAUCGCUGGCACCUCGCAAAGAAUACACUCGCAGGAUACAUGAAUUCAUUGGUAACAUCCGCAAGCAGAGAGCGGAUAUCUUCAAAGUUCUCGACGAUACGCGACAGCUUCAAAAGCAACUCAAUGUGGUGGGAGCCCAACUGCAGCGCCAGUUCAAUUAUACGGAUGACCUGCUCUUCCAGAGCGCCAAACACGAUCUCCAUGCCAAGAGGGCCUACAAGCUGCUGGCCCAACUCCAUUCCAAUUGCAGUGAGCUGGUGGAAUGCGUUUCGCUCACCGGCAACGUCACCAAGCAGAUUCGGGAGCUGGAAGUCCAAAUUGAUGCAGAGAAGCUGAAGAAUGUGCUGACCAGUCUUCAGCAGAUUACGGGCGACAUCCAGAAGUUCGAGCAGCACAUCCAAGAGCUUCAGGCCCAGAUCCAGGCCGUGGAGCAGGCCAACCGCGGUAGUUAGGUGGAUGGAAGCUCAUAAGUACCAGUGCCAAUUGCAAUAAAGGAAUCCUUGCACGCGUAGCGUUUACUUUAGUAGCCAAA